CCCUCUGAUGUACGACGUAAUCAAUUCGCAUAGCUCCGUCUCCGACGAGAUUGGAAUUUUGCCUUUCCCCUGUGUUCUCUGAGCUACGGAUCGGCGACUUUGUUGUUAUCGGUGAUUCCUGAUAAGGAACGAUCCAGCCGAAUAAGGAUAUGGCAGCUUCUUCGUCUUCCUUUCUAGCUGCAGCCGCCCAGAAGAUGGGCUCUGCCGUGCGUCGCCAAGCCCUCACGCUCACAGACGCCGCCGCCUCCAGGAUACACCACCUCCUGCAGCAGCGCCAGCGCUCUUUUCUCCGCCUCGGUGUCAAGGCUCGAGGCUGUAACGGCCUAUCCUACACCCUCAAUUACUCAGAUGAGAAGGGGAAGUUUGAUGAGUUGAUCGAAGACAAAGGUGUGAAGAUAUUGAUCGAUCCAAAGGCUCUGAUGCACGUGAUUGGAACCAAGAUGGAUUUUGUCGAUGACAAGCUCAGGUCCGAGUUCAUCUUUAUCAAUCCAAAUUCUAAAGGGCAAUGUGGUUGUGGAGAGUCCUUUAUGACAACAAAUAGUUCGGGGGCAGCUAAGCGAGGUGGCAGUUGAGAAUCGAGAUAAAUAGUUUGUACAAAUAUUUUUGAUGUAUACGCAAUGAAGGAGAAUUCUCAUCCAAGAGAAAUUAGAGAAUGAUCUCAGCUAAUCAGUGCUUGUGAUCCAAAAGUUGGUUUCUUAUAACAUGUACUCAAUCUUUUGAAUAAUAAAAGAAUUUUAUUGGGAUGCAACUCUUGUAUAUUCUGCAAGAAUGUGUCAUGAACCCACAGAGUUCCUGAAUUCAUUCGAAUAAAACUGCCUUGAGCAACCGUUGGUUCUCUGUAUUGUAAUA